AUGUCCGGGAAACAGAAACCCAAGUUCGAGGUCAGAGGCUACAGCGAGCACAAAGCUCCCAAGCCGGCGUCUCCCUCGGCCAGCACGAUUCUCGUCUCCCCGAACAAUGAGAUUCUCCUUCUUCACCGUGUCCAGACCUCCAGUGCAUUUCCCUCGGCACAUGUGUUUCCCGGAGGCAACCUAGAGCCCAGCGACGGGGAAGUGGCGAGCGAUCCUACAGAUGUGAAUCGACAUCUGGAAAACAUCGCCUACCGCACGGGCGCCAUCAGGGAGUUGUUCGAAGAGACGGGGAUUCUAUUGGCCCGCGAAUCCAGGACCGCAGAGUCACUCCUCCCCGUCAGCACGGCCGUACGAAAGGAGGGUCGCGAAUCUGUACACAAGGGCAAGGUUUCCUUCAAGUCCUGGCUAUCUUCGGUUUCCCCAAAUGCGGUCCUCGACACGGACCGCCUCAUCCCAUUCACCCACUGGAUCACCCCACCCAAUGUACCGAAACGAUUCACCACGCAGAUGUACGUCUACUUUGUCGACCCGGCAGAGAAGGGCAAUCCCAGCGUGCACGCAACAGCAGAUCAGAUCGAGACCAUGACGCCAGAAUGGAGAUCCGCAAGAGAUUGGCUGAGCUUGGCGAGGAGCGGGGACAUCAUCCUGUUCCCGCCGCAAUUUCUGCUCCUCUACCUGGUCUCGGAGAUACUUGACGGCCCUGGUGACAGCGAGGAAGACAUCCUGAGGAAGAGGGCCGUACUAAAGAGGCGGAUUGAGACCGAAGGGACCCCGGUGCCGUGGAAGGAUAAGUUCAUUUCCCCCAUCGGCACGAGCUUCGGCGAGGAUGGCCGAAGCGUGCUUGCCCUGGAUAAACCUGGUCCUGAGUUGAAGGCUUCGACUUUGAAGGGAGAUGACGAGUAUGUUGUGCUGGUCAAAUUCAACAGAGAAGGGCCAAGAGACGUAGAGAUUGGUCUGAGAAAGGAAGUCCUGCGGGAAAGAAGGGAAAAGGGAAUAGACAAGGCGAGUAAGAUAUAG